CCCCUCCAGGCGUUCCACCCACACGGACGACUCAGCCCUCUUCAUGCAGGGCGAGGAUCGCUCCUCCUCCCUGUCUCCCACAGCCCUCCAAUCACCUUCUUACCCCGGCCCUGUUGCCCCGCCCUCCUGCCAGGGGCCCGCCCAGCGGCCAGACAGCUUCCUGUUUCGCCUCAGCCAGAAGGAAGAGCAGAGGAGAGGUGAUGGUGCCGCCCCCAGGCCGGAGCCUGAAGAGGUGACCCCUACCCAGCCUCAAGGCCCCAUGGGAGAGGAGGCUGCUCUGGUGGAGCAACUGCGGAAGAACAUAGAGUCGCGUCUGAAAGUGUCCUUGCCCAGCGACCUGGGAGCAGCACUGACCGACGGGGUCGUCCUCUGCCAUCUGGCAAAUCAUGUGCGGCCACGAUCCGUACCCAGCAUCCAUGUGCCCUCCCCUGCUGUGCCCAAACUGACGAUGGCCAAGUGUCGGCGGAACGUGGAGAACUUUCUGGAGGCGUGUCGCAGGAUCGGGGUUCCACAGACCCAGCUGUGCCUGCCCCUCCACAUCCUGGAGGAGAGAGGGCUCCCCCUGGUGGCCGGGACGGUACGUGCGCUCCUGGAGCUGGCCCCGCCCAAAUACACAACCUCCCCUGCCACCACCACUAACCCUCUGGCCAUGUAGGGCAGCAGAGUUCCACACUC